AUGGCUGAUCAAGCAGAAAGAGCUUUUCAAAAGCAAAAACUCCUUGGAAAGAAAGGAGCUCGUUACUAUAAGUCAAUUGGUUUGGGAUAUAAGACACCCAAUGAGGCUAUCUUUGGCACUUAUAUUGAUAAGAAAUGCCCUUUCACAAGUGACGUUACCAUCCGUGGGCGUAUCCUCACUGGCGUUGUCCGCAAAAUGAAGAUGAACCGCACCAUUGUUAUUCGCCGUGAUUACAUGAAGUACGUUAAGAAGUAUAAGCGUUUUGAGAAGCGACACAAGAAUAUGUCAGUUCAUUUGUCCCCUUGUUUCCGUGACGUACAAGUUGGCGACAUAGUCACUUGUGGAGAAUGUCGGCCGCUCAGCAAAACUGUUUCCUACAACGUCAUCAAAGUGUCAAAGGCAAGCGGUUACAAAUCAAAGAAAGGCUUUUCUAAGUUCUAA